AUGAGACGUUGAAUCUCUUCAGUAGCAAACCCAUGGACUAGCUCCUCAAAUUGAGCAAAGUUGCUUCUCCCGUUGACAGACCCUCUCUAGCUAGCCCCCUUUCUCCCAUCUGCUACUGUGUGCUCCGUCGUUAAGUUCAUGACGGUUGCUGACGGUGACACUUUGGCGCUCAUCAUGCCCGUUCGAGCAGAGUGCUGCAGUACCACCGACUUGGCCUGCACAUCCCCGGCCUCUCUUGUUCCCCCUGCCCCGAUCAACACGUACCAGCCGGGGGUGGCUACGUCGCUGCUGUAUAGUGGCUCACAGUUUCGGGGUUAUCAGAAGAGCAAAGGCAACUCCUACGACGUGGAGGUCGUUUUACAGCAUGUGACAAUGGAGGACUCAUAUUUAUGUGGAUACCUGAAGAUCAAAGGCCUGACUGAGGAGUAUCCUACUCUCACUACGUUCUUUGCUGGUGAAAUUAUCAGUCGAAAACGUCCGUUUUUAACUAGGAAAUGGGACGCAGAUGAAGAUGUGGACAGAAAGCAUUGGGGCAAGUUCAAACCAUUUUAUAAAUAUGCCAAAAGCUUUAACUCUGACGACUUUGACUAUGAAGCACUGGACAGCAGUGAUUAUGUCUUCAUGAGGUGGAAGGAACAGUUUCUAGUUCCAGACCACACCAUCAAGGACAUCAGCGGGGCUUCCUUCGCUGGCUUCUACUAUAUUUGCUUCCAGAAGUCUACGGCCACUAUCGAGGGGUACUAUUACCAUAGGAGCUCAGAAUGGUACCAGUCUCUAAACCUAAACCACGUUCUAGAGCACAGUAUGCCUAUCUAUGAGUUCCGGUGACAAACAUACACAAGGAGUACUGAGAAGAAGGUGGUCCUUACUGCUCUGUGGUUUCGUGGGAUGGAAAUGACAGGGAGUCCUUUAAUUGCCCAGAUUGGAGCUGAUCCUGAUUCCUCGCUGCAGGAAACCAAACCUGCGAUCAGCCGCUCUUCUGUUGGACUAAAAGAGAGAAAGACAGACGGCACAGAGAGGAGAGAGCCGAUCAUGAAGAUCAUUGGAGGUUUUACAGUGACUGUCAUACUCCUCCUGUUUGCCUCGAAUUUUAUUUUUUAAUUUAAUUUUGACCCUUGCUUUUGAUCUUUUAAUUUCAGCUGUGUGCAACCAGACUGCUUUGUUCUUCAGCAGAGAUAUUAAACAUAAAUGCCUUUAAGUUACAAAAGAAAAGGGUUCAACAUUGAGAAAAAGAGCUUUGUUGUGUAAAAUCUUAAUUUUUGUCUCUAUUUUGAAGACAUAUUAUCCUGUAAUCUCACUCUAAUACUCAGUGAUGAUCACUGCAGAGUGAUGAUGGGAUUAUUGCCAGAGGGAGUGAUGAUGAUGUUCUUUUUAUGCAAGGUUUGAAAGAUUGUGUUGAGGUUGCUCAGGGAUGGUAGGUUUGAAAACCAGCUGCUGAACGUAGGAUUUAGAGGUAGGAUUGAGGUUAUGCCGGCAUUUAAACAUAUUAUCGAUAACCUAGAGCUGCUUCUAAGUAAAUUAAACCAAAAUACAUUUUUUAAUAAGUACGUUUACAUGCAGAAAGAAAGAAAUAGAGCUACUGUGUUAUGGCUGCCGCAGACCACACCUUUUCUUUUGUCUUUUGCUUCGGCUCCAUGUCAGACUGUGCAGCAAAAACCUUGGCCUGGAUUUGCAGACAGACUGUCAACACUUUAAGUGAAAUCCCGACUGCAUUUUUUAAUGAUUGUACAUGAGUUCAUAGGUCAUCGGGGAGGCAGGUCGAGGAGCGUCAAUGACAGCUACAACAGAAGUGCUGUGGGUGAUACUAGUGGUCUUAUGCACUAAAGUAGACGACCAAAAAAAUGUGGUUUCAUCUAUGUGUGAUGUACAAAUUAGUGCUAAUAUGACAUUGAAAUUUGCCCAGCUAGCUGGCUCCACUGUUUGUAACCAGGAGAUCCCCGAAGGGAUUAGUAGCACAUACUUUCCUAUAUGUGAGUGUCAGGAUGUGCAACACUGAAGUCCAGUCAGAGUGUCAAACUGAACAUGAGAAAAAUGAUACGCCAGGGGUACUGUGGAUGCAUCAUUUAUUAUUUCAUGCUACAAGAGUGUUUGAUGUUCCUGACGUUCAUAUUAGGUUCUGACACUUGAUGGGCUUCGCCGUUGCAUUAAGGGUGAAAUCUAACUAAAUUGCAGUCUUCUGAUCUAGACUUUGUUGGAACUAAAACUUAAAAUGCUUAUGAGUAUGUGACCCCGAAAAAAACACAUACUUCACCUGCGCUGCGUUCCAGGGGUAGAGUUUAACGUUUUUCUCUGUUUUUUUGUGCUACUGCCAUGGAUGAGUGCAUUAGGAGGUUGAAAUGUUUGUUUGCUACAUAGGAUGUGAGGUUGCAUGUGAAAUUCUGCUAUUUUCCACCUCAAAAGUUAUUUUUGCGUAGCUCCAUGGCCCACUGAUUGACCAGCGACCAGUAGUUUGUUCCACAAACUGUGGGUCACGAGUCUGUGCAUUGCUAUAUUUUGAAGAUGACCAUAUUUUGAAGAUGACCAGAACUGCCACACCCCUCUGCCCACCUGGGGCAGAGGGGUGUGGCAGUUCUGGGAUGUGCAGUAGCAAUAAAAAAAAAACUGACAAGAAAGGAAGCUCCAUAGUGCUUCACAGGCUGGUUGUGGCGUUGGUGGAGUAUGUGGAAAUUGAAGGUUAGUCUGACUGAAAUUGAACAUAUAACUGAAGAAUUGGUGUAUCCCUACAAAUUUCUCAAAGUUGUCCAAGCACACCUAGACAAUGCAGAUGAUCAUUUUGCCCUUGCAUGAAUACACCUCUGUCAAAUGGACUGGACUAGGUGUGCUGCACAUGUUCCCCAGUCUUUGGUUAUCCCAAUAAGCAGGAGGGAUUGCACUCAAAGUAUUUGUUUUCAGAAUGAAGCCUAGUAUCCACAAAUUUACAGAGCUGUAACAUGAUCAUGUUUUCAAUGUUCAACUAGUUAGCUGCUUGCUAACUUUAAAGCAAGAUCAACAGCAUCAAGGUCAAAUAGCAAAAAGGGGGUGUGUGCCACCUUCCAUAUUAGGCCGAUAUGCUCCCGUUAACAAACCAGUUCACCCUCUGAGCAUGUAUACUGGGACUAGAACAGUAGUCCAGUUAAACUGCUUAAGCUAUAACCGUACCUCAACUCCACUGUGCAUGUAAACGUACUGAUUGAGAAGCAUCAUGUUGGAUGUUACUAUGCAAACCAAAGAUCCCUUAUAAAUAGGAAUUCUAACACUACUUAUUUAAUUUCAGAUUAUUUCUCUCCCAGAUUGAUUUCAUUACUCAGUUUAUCAAGGACGAUCUUCAGAAGAAAAUCCAUGAGAAAAUGCGGGAAAAAAUUAGAGUUAUUCAGUUUUUCUAGCCAGCAUUUGAAGCUCAGAUAUGUGGAAGAACAUUCCAACUCAGUUAACAUCAAAAUGCUCAAAAGCUGUCCAUAAAUUGUCAUUGAAAAAAGCAGAGACUUGAGGCUGAAUAUGGCAUUUACACUACAGUCUGUAGAUAAGAUCCCACUCUGCUACACACGAGUUACUUUUCUGCUCUUGUUGUGAAAAGCACCUUUUGUGUCCGAGUCUAAAGUAGGAAAGAGCAAUGACAAAACCUCGUGUGAUGCUUUAGAAGAAAAACCUUCUGCCUUACACUUUUAAAUGUUUGUAAAACUCUGUUUUUUAUGUUAUGUUACUCAUGUUUUCAGCUAAAGGGUCUGUGUCUGAGAGGAUUUGUGCUUAAAAGGAAGUGAACUUUUUUCUCGGGGAAAGGUUGAUGUAAACUUUAUUUUCUGGAGGGUGCAUGUACUCCACCUGCCUGCCUCGUUGUUGCUUGUAGACUUAGUCAACUUGCUCGCCUGCAGCAUGACAAAGUGGAUUUGAUAGUGGGAAUGAGGGAAGGCAGUGUAACUUUUUAAAAGUUCAGUGGAUGAAGUCUGAGGACUUUGAAAAACUUGCUUUUUUUUUAUUAAUCAUAUAACAGAGAAAUGUGCAAUGUCAGAAAUAAAUGUUUAUGUGGGAGUGUGUCAUUAAAAGUCAUGUUUAAAGAAGGACUAAAUCUGAUCUGAUCGCAUCUGAGAGAAAGAAUAAAGAGUGAUAUUUUUA